UUAUGAGCAUGUUUCAAGAUUUUUUGUUUACAAUGGUUAUUAUUACCCAAGGCCUUCUCUGACAUAUCUACAGUAAGAUUCGAUUCUCUACUAUUUUGUAUUUCAAAAUCAAAUGUAAAAAAUCGUUUAUCGAGGAGUAGAUCACGUUUAAUAAAUGUUUAAAAACUGUGUAAACAAAACAUUUUUGUAAUGUAUAAAUUACACUAAAAUGUACUUAUUACAUGUUUAUAGUAUUUGUAUUCAACGUUUAUUAAAUAAUUUAAAUGUUUCUUCUCUUAAAAAAAGUAUAAAAUCACGAAAAAAUUACUGGUGCACUGUAGUUCUUCAACAGUAUACCGCUAAUAUAUUUUUUAUAGCUCAUUUCGUAAGGAUUACAAAAACACAAUUUUAAACGUGUGAGAUAAAUUAAAUUAAAUAAAAUUGUGAGAGUACGGAUCGAAGCAAAGGGAUAUCGAUACUCAGCCAUAGCGUGACACCGCUUGGAGCUGUAAUGAAGGUUUUUCGGAAUAAAUUCCGGCAUUGGACCUGAGCGCGAAGGCUUCAAACUUAAGAGAGAGUCUCUAGCUUGGCCGUCCGAAAUCGAGAAAUCUAGCGAAAAAUUUGCAGUAUGAAAACACCAAUGUAACUACUUCAAGUUGCGCGCCGAGAAGCGAUUCGCGCGAGUCGCAAAGGUUGCGUGAUAAGAUGGCGCCAAUCACAAGACGCCGCAAAUCCCCUUGGCAACCCGAAGACUUGCGUAGGAUGGGAAGCCCAGCGUACCUCCUGUGAAAAAUUCGAACUUCAUUUCGCUGUGGGAACCGUUGCUGUCUAGACAAACCGCGAAGACAACCCUCCUCGAGCGUUUGCAUUUACGUGCUGUUGAUAAAAUAAACCAACUUUUUUGUAAAGCUGCCAAUUUCGCCAAUUGGAUGAGUCGAGCGCGGUAGACAUUACUAUGUUUACGACAAAGUUUGCUUUAUUCGGCCUGGUAUUAUCCUUGAUAAGAGCAUCAUCCGAAUGGCAACUGACGAAAUGUUGCCCACCGGGACAGAGCUAUGUAAACAGUUUCACCAACUGUAAAUCAGUACCGUUAUUCGCAAUAGAGGUUUAUUCUCACUAUUGGAACAUUACCAGUGAGUUCCAAGGAAUUCCUCAGUGCAACAAACCUGAGGAUCUUGUGACAACGCUACUCGACGAUUUCAAAUCUAACACUAUCUUAGAGGUGCCAGCUUGUCUUGAAUUAUUUUUCAAGGGAAAGGGAAAAAAACCCAGAAUAAUAAUUCAUCACUGUCGAUCAAACAAGGACCAACAAGUAAAAACAAUUAACGCAUCCUUUGAACAGUUCUUACACAUUAGAAGAUGCUGCUUUGGCGAUACAAUAUUUGACAGCAGCACAAAGACAUGUGUGACCCAGUUAAACGAAACACAGAGUCUUGGAGCAGUUUUGAUAAAUAGAUCGACUGCAGAAAGUACAGUGAUACUCUCUUAUUCUCCACUUAUAUGCAAAGGGCCGAUCGUUAAUUACGAAUUUAACGAAAACGAUAUUUUUCUACGGAGCAAUACAUAUACGGUGAAGGUUCCAGCCUUCAACAAUAUUGUCAAAGAGGAAACACUUACUGAGGAUAACGCUUGUCUCGAGAUGACACCGGAUUUUUCAUUGAAACGAAGAUUGGCAGUCCGUAUCUGCGGAAAACCGGAAUUCUGCGACAAAAACGCUUGUAUUAGAAAGUGUUGUUCCGAAGAUGGACAUUUUGAUCUUGAUAAACGUCAAAACACCACAUUAAUUGGUUGCAAUACGCGCCCUGUACCUAAUAUACCCGGAAAAUUUUACAAUGCUCUUGCAAACGUCGUGAAUCAAUCGAAGUCGUUCACUUUCGACACGACCAAAGUCCACGGAUUUUGGAGUAAUGUUUUACACCCCCGUAUAUACAUCCCGUGUAAAAAAAUACACCGUUCCUGGGACCCAGAUGAAUGGGAAGAACGUAUGUCAUCGAAAUCAAAUGGACAUACGAACGACAGGCACUGCUUCGACGUCGUGGAAGACAAAGUCAACAACUUUUAUCGUUUUGAAUUGCUUUACUGUGAAGAAUACACAGGAAACACUAGAACUUACGUUAUUCAACGCCCUGCCUGGAUUACCCCCCUACUGGUUGUCAAAUGUAUAUUUCUGCUGAUGACGUUGCUAGUGUACGCGUACUUACUGAAACUGCAAAAUAUUCAUGGAAAAAUGGUCAUAUGUUACGUGAGCAAUAUCUUGUUGAAUGCUAUCCUCCAAUUAAUCGCCAAUUGGUUCAACAAAGCCAGCUCUGAGCAACAAAGAAGAAUAGAGUGCAAAUUUUUAUUUUACAUCGGGUUUUUUUCUGAACAUGCGAUAAGUUUCUGGCUUAACGUCAUGUGCUUCGACAUGUGGCGGUCCAUCACAACUUUUGAGAAUAGGAAGAACUGCAAUAAUAGGAAAAGAUUUCUAUUGUACUGUUUAUAUGGAUGGGGCAUCCCUUUACUGCUGUCAAUCCUCAUUAUCGUUGCUGAUAACACGUAUUUUCUGCCAGAAUAUCUGAUACCCAAUAUUUGCAAUAUUUCUUUUGGGAUAAUGGGUGAGUUAUUAAUCGAUAACAAUUUUCCGAGAGAUGAUAUAACAUAAGUUAGUCAAUACUAAAAACAAAGUUCUUGGAAAUAUUACUGACUUCUGUAACGAAAGUUAACUCGUCUGCACAGUGUUGAAUAUUUUUUCUAACCUUCUUGAUAUAAUAAUUUACGCAGCAAAUAAAUAGAUAUAGUGUAG